UUCGACGCCAUCUUCGCCAUAUAACUCGACUAUAUAGAUCAUAGUAAAUCCCCCAAAAAUACGUAAAACCCCACUGGAUUAAACGAGACUCUGAUAUCUGAGGAAAUAGGCUUUUCCGUCGGCAAAACGGUGCCUGUCAAGAACCCUGAAAGUAACUUUAUAUAUCUUCCUGAUCCUUCGAGUGCUAGCUGUCAAAAAGACUUCCAAGAAUCUUCCAGUGCUUUAACCCCACAUGUGCCAGUUCUUAACCCAUUAGCAACUGCCUUUUUGCGGCCUAUUACCUCUCAGAUUGAGUGUGUAAUCUUAAACUUUCCCCAGCAUCCUUUGUGAUUCCUCCGCACUUUCUCGUUAAGAACUUUUGGCCAACUUCUUGGCAAGUGUUUAGACGCUCGAGAAAACUUUCGCACCUUUGUCUUACGUGAGUUCGUGCUGUGAAAAUACGAAAAAGUUAAACUCGAACAGAGCUCAGGGCUAAACAGCUAAAAAGGCUAAAAAACAAAGGCGACGAGGGAUUUUCUUCUGUGACACGCUUGAAGUAUUGCUGCCAAAAUUUUCACGGACGGAAAUAAGCUCGGUCCUGCAGCCGCGGGCAGAGGAAUGUUUUGCUACCAGUGCCCGCCCGCCCUGCAUCCUUGCGGCCCCCAUCCUCCGCGCCUGCCCACCCUGGACUACCCCUUCGCCGCCACCCAUCCAUAUACCAGCUAUUCGUAUCAUCCUGCCAUACACGAUGAGACUUUUGUCCGGCGGAAGCAGCGGCGGAAUCGCACCACUUUCACACUGCAACAGCUGGAGGAGCUAGAGACGGCCUUUGCCCAGACCCACUAUCCGGAUGUGUUUACUCGCGAGGAUCUGGCCAUGAAAAUCAACCUGACCGAGGCACGGGUUCAGGUCUGGUUCCAGAACCGCAGGGCCAAGUGGCGCAAGGCGGAGCGACUCAAGGAUGAGCAGCGGAAGCGGGAAAAUGGCGAGAGCAGCAGCUCUCUAGACAAGCUCCACGACUCUCGCGAAUCUUCGCCAGACAUCACGGGUGAAAUAGACGACGACAUGGAUGAGAUGCCGCCUCGUCAGCGGUCGCACAGCCCUCUGGCUAACGGGCAAAUGGAGCAGCAGCACUCCCACUCGCAUUCGCACUCCCAUUCCCGCAGUCCCGGCGGCGGGAUGCACUUGGAUUCCAGUGACAAUGAGCGGCCAUUGUCCUCCAAUCAGCUGACUGCCACCCCGCACUCCGCUUCCCAGUCGUUGGGCUCUAUUAGUGCCGGCUCACCAUCCCCCUCUGGAAUGCACAGGGAUCAGGAGCAUACGUCCCUAACCGGAGGUGGGGGUCAGGGGCCGAGCAGCCCCUCGAACUCGCGGAACACCGACUCACCCAUUGAGGUGGGUGGGCCUAUGUCCUUGACCACGGGCUCAAGGAUGCCGGCCUCCUCGAACAAUUCGGCCUCUUCCACGCCCACGCCAACUACUCCACACGCCCCCCAGAUGCCGCAUUCUUCGGCAGCUGCGGCAGCCGCUUUUGGAAGCCACAUCUUCGGCAGCUUCGGAGGAGGCAGCAACGCCAGCGAUAGCAACUGCGGCUUCCGCCCAGUUCUGAGUGAGCAGAGCGCCGUGGCAGCAGCGGCGGCGGCAGCGGCGGCCCAGCGGAGCGCCAACCACCCACCGCUGUUCCUCCCGCCCCACCUGGCCGCCCAGUUCACCCAUCAGCCACUCUUCCCCGGCCUGAAAGGUGUUUCGCCCUUCCAGAGCCUGUGCUCCUGCUGCUCCCUGAAACCACCGCCGCCGCCCGGCUCAUCGGUGGUGGCUCCGCUGAGCAUUCCGGUCAGCAGCAGCUCGGCGGCCAGUUCGCCGGAGUCGUCCAAGUCUUCCGGCCAGGGAUCCGGCCACGAUCCGAGGUCCAAUUCGGUGGCCGAGCUUAGGAGGAAGGCGCAGGAGCAUUCGGCGGCACUUCUACAGUCGCUGCAUGCGGCAGCUGCUGCUGGCCUGGCUUUUCCGGGGCUCCACCUGCCACCCCUCUCCUUUGCCCAUCAUCCGGCCUUGGGGCAGCAUGUGGUCAAUCACAACAAUAACAACACGAUGAGGAUGAAGCACGAGGCUCAGGAUAUGACCAUGAAUGGCUUGGGUCCAGGAUCAGGCUCAGGCUCAGGAUCUGGAUCUGGAUCUGGGGGAGGAGUUUCGAUGGCGGGAGGCAGCUCGUCGGCGGCUCUUUUGGAUCUGGCCGAAUCGGCAGUGGCAUAUCAGCAGCAACAUGCAACACUAUCGCCACCGACUACGCCCACUCAGCAGGCAUCAGGGGGCGUGACAGCUGCCGACGGCUCUCCAGGCUCCGGAGCAGUUCCGGGAUCGAGUUCUUUCAAUGGCAGCGCUGUGCUAACCAAAAUGGAAUAGGCGUAGUAGGAAAGGCAGCUCAGAUUGUGCAAUGAAGAUUCGGAAAGAGGGUCUGGAUGGGGAUUUCAUUUCUCAGAUUUAUAAAUUUGUAAAAACUUAGAAGAAAGCUGAGACCCAUAACAUGACUUUAGAACUUCCCAAAAGCUAGGAAAUGAAACACCCAAACCAGCCUGUUUGUAACAAUAAACCACGAACACGUUUGAAGGUUAAAAAGUAGGCUAAGUUCUAGAGUAACUUUUAUUUAACCAAGCAAAGAUAACACAGAAAACAAGAAAAAGUAUAAAAAAAGAAACACAUCUGCACUUUAAUAAUAUUAUAGGUAUGUUAGAAAGAUAGUUAGCUGUUGUUGGUUUUGGUUUUGGUUUUGGCAGAUAAGAAGUGGAGAGAUAACCUCUGAUUGAACCCAACAUAAUCAGCAAUGGCCGAAGACAAUUUCCAUGAUUAACAAUAUCAACUAACACGCGAAUGCAUAUGAACAGUAUAUACAAAUAAAAAAUAUAUAUUCAUAGUUAUAACAACCCAUAUAUAUAUAUAUAGAGAUAGCUAACAAAUCGGACAUAUAUAGCCUAGCCUAAUCACACUGAAUCGGCCACUAACUACAGUAAGCGCCAAGCCAAUAUGAAUUAUUAUUAAACAAGUUAAUAAAGAAAACAAUAAAGCUGAUCACAUUAGGAUAA